CAAACACACACGUACACCCUUACCCAACAGGGCAAAGAGAAGAAAAGGAGAAAACAAGAUGAAUUCACGCACGUUAUUGUCUAAAGGCAGUUUAAUGUUUAUGAAAUGUCUCUCUCUCACACACACACACUCACACACCCCACAAAGUCUUUAGGCUCCAGUUACAAGCCCUGCGUCAUCUUACCGGAUCACAUGGUAAUGGUUGCUAUUUCAAGGAUCAAGUGGCAUAAAGCUCCCCCCUCACCCCACCCCACCCCAGCCCUUCCCUUUGGUACCAUAUAGCGUGCAAGAGUGAUUAUUGUGUGAUGGGGUGAGACCAGGCUCACUGGUCCAACCCUCCCAACUGGAAACCAGGCUCUCGGUGGGGUGGCGCGCACGCCGUGUUCUCACGAAGUGAUUGGGAAAGGGGGACGGGGGAGGGGGUCUCAGGGGAGGAAGGGCAGCUCUAAUUGGUUUCUCAAUGAAAGAUAAUCACCUAUUCCCCGGAGAGGCGGGGGAUUAGCACUCUGCCUCUCCUCCCCGGCGCUUUUAGACGUCUCAUCCUCCCCUCGAUGCUCCUAGUCCAUUCAGCAGCAGCGGAUCGAAGACCGCGGCUCCUCGCGCCGCAGUAGGGGCAGCGCCGCCGCGCUCCGGGACCCAGCGCCCAUUCGCUCGCCCUGUCCGCUCCCGCCUCGCCCGGCUGCAGUCCCAGCCGCCGUCGCCCGAGAAAAAGUUUCGCGGAGGGGCUCGGGGAAAAACAUGAGCGAGCUGGAGGAAGACUUCGCCAAGAUUCUCAUGCUCAAGGAGGAGAGGAUCAAAGAGCUGGAGAAGCGGCUGUCAGAGAAGGAGGAAGAAACCCAGGAGCUGAAGAGGAAGCUCCAUAAAUGCCAGUCAGUGCUGCCCGCGCCCUCGACCCACAUCGGCCCGCGGACCACCCGGGCACAGGGCAUCUCGGCCGAGCCGCAGACCUACAGGUCCUCCCACGACCUCCGACAGGCGUUCCGGAAGUUCGCCAAAUCCGAGAGGUCCAAGGAUCUCAUAAAGGAGGCCAUUCUUGACAAUGACUUUAUGAAGAACUUGGAGCUGUCACAGAUCCAAGAGAUUGUGGAUUGUAUGUACCCAGUGGAGUACGGCAAAGACAGCUGCAUCAUCAAAGAAGGAGAUGUGGGGUCACUGGUGUAUGUCAUGGAAGAUGGUAAGGUUGAAGUUACUAAAGAAGGCGUGAAGCUGUGCACCAUGGGUCCUGGAAAAGUGUUUGGGGAGUUGGCUAUCCUUUACAACUGUACCCGGACGGCGACCGUCAAAACUCUUGUAAAUGUGAAACUCUGGGCCAUUGAUCGACAAUGUUUUCAGACGAUAAUGAUGAGGACAGGACUUAUCAAGCAUACCGAGUAUAUGGAAUUUUUAAAAAGCGUUCCAACAUUCCAGAGCCUUCCUGAAGAGAUCCUCAGUAAGCUUGCUGACGUCCUUGAAGAGACCCACUAUGAAAAUGGGGAAUAUAUCAUCAGGCAAGGUGCAAGAGGGGACACCUUCUUUAUCAUCAGUAAAGGAAAGGUUAAUGUCACUCGUGAAGACUCGCCAAAUGAAGAACCAGUCUUUCUUAGAACCUUAGGAAAAGGAGAUUGGUUUGGAGAGAAAGCCUUGCAGGGGGAAGAUGUGAGAACAGCAAACGUAAUUGCAGCAGAAGCUGUAACCUGCCUUGUGAUCGACAGAGACUCUUUCAAACAUUUGAUUGGAGGAUUAGAUGAUGUUUCUAAUAAAGCAUAUGAAGAUGCAGAAGCUAAAGCAAAGGCUACACAGAUGUCCCCUAGGAAGAAAACGGUCAAAGACAGAUAUGAAGCUGAAGCUGCUUUCUUCGCCAACCUGAAGCUGUCUGAUUUCAACAUCAUUGACACCCUUGGAGUUGGAGGUUUCGGACGAGUAGAACUGGUCCAGUUAAAAAGUGAAGAAUCCAAAACCUUUGCAAUGAAGAUUCUCAAGAAACGCCACAUAGUGGACACAAGACAGCAGGAACACAUCCGCUCGGAGAAGCAGAUCAUGCAGGGGGCUCAUUCUGACUUCAUAGUGAGAUUAUACAGAACAUUUAAGGACAGCAAAUAUUUGUAUAUGUUGAUGGAAGCUUGCCUAGGUGGAGAGCUCUGGACCAUUCUCAGGGAUCGGGGGUCGUUUGAAGAUUCUACAACCAGAUUUUAUACAGCGUGUGUGGUAGAAGCUUUUGCCUAUCUGCAUUCCAAAGGCAUCAUUUACAGGGACCUCAAGCCUGAAAAUCUCAUCCUAGAUCACCGAGGUUAUGCCAAACUGGUUGAUUUUGGCUUUGCAAAGAAAAUAGGAUUUGGAAAGAAAACAUGGACUUUUUGUGGGACUCCAGAAUAUGUGGCCCCAGAGAUCAUCCUGAACAAAGGCCAUGACAUCUCAGCCGACUAUUGGUCACUGGGAAUCCUCAUGUACGAGCUUCUGACUGGCAGCCCACCUUUCUCAGGCCCAGAUCCUAUGAAAACCUAUAACAUCAUAUUGAGGGGGAUUGACAUGAUAGAAUUUCCAAAGAAGAUUGCCAAAAAUGCUGCUAAUUUAAUUAAAAAACUGUGCAGGGAUAAUCCAUCAGAAAGAUUAGGGAAUUUGAAAAACGGAGUGAAAGACAUUCAAAAGCACAAAUGGUUUGAGGGCUUUAACUGGGAAGGCUUAAGAAAAGGCACCUUGACACCUCCUAUAAUACCAAGUGUGGCAUCACCCACAGACACAAGCAAUUUUGACAGUUUCCCUGAGGACAAUGACGAACCACCACCUGACGACAACUCGGGAUGGGACAUAGACUUCUAAUGCAUUUCUCUUACCUGCUUCUGCCUUGCUGGAGACAGCUUUUUCUAAGACACAGCUGCCAGCAAACCUGAAGGAAAGAGAGAAGAUGAGUGCUCGGGGUCACCAUGAUGCCUUUGAUCGAUGCUGCUCCAGUAACUACAGUGGCAUUAGGACUUAUUGCUUAGAUGACAGUAGUGCUCUUUACAUGUUUUCUGUUUGAACCUAAAUAUAGCAGUUGACAUGGUGGUCCUGAAGCAAAGCCUUUCACCAGUAAAGAGAUGUUCUUCAUUGUUGCAAUGAUCUUGCUUUGCUCUGAUUAUAAUUUGAAAGACUGUAAGAAACACUUCAAUCUAGUAAAAGAGUCAGUACCUUGCUAGAAUUAUCAAGAAGAUCAAAAAAUAAUAUAUUGGGUACGAUAGAUUAUUAUGGUACAAAAACUGGACUCUUCCCUUUCUUCAAGUGAGGGUUGUCGGUUCUGUUACUGCAAGCCGGUGUAUAUUCCGUACACAAGAGGACCACACAUCUGCUGGUCGCAGAGGUCAUGUCAAACCAGUGCUAGAAGUUUCAUGAUUUUAUUUCCCAGCAGUGCUGAUGACGAGACUGAAUGUUCCCUUUCCUUUCUGACAGAUUUUAGAAAUUGGUAUGAUAAAAGCACAACUGCUGUGGAUUCUGCUGAGAAAUUUCAUAGCAGGUAUAUACGUGUUUUCACAGAGGACUGAAGAAAAAUCAACAUGCAUGAUAUAUCUGCUCAUUUCUUGUUGAUAAAUUGGCAUGACAGAGUGGGGGAAAAAAAGCAAUUCACAAAUCAUUUCAUAUUUUUUUAAAUAGUGUGCUUAAAGAUGGUCCUGGAAAUAAAUGACUAGCAGCCAAUUGGUUUUAAUUUGUUACCUAACACACCUUCAAACUGAGGCUUAAAAUAUUCCCUUUUAUAAAAAUAAACCCUUACGAUAGGGUGGGGUGGAGAGGGAUUAAGAUCCAUCCAAAAAAAAAAAAAAAAACUAUAUAGGUGCUAUGUACAUUUUUCAUCUGUAAAUGUCAGUGUCUGAACAGACAACACAAAUUCUAAUCAUUAUAUGUGUAGCCAGAGAAUCAAGCAUUUUCACUCAAGUUAUCAAACCAAACUCCUGUCAGAUUUCACUUAUACAACAUAGUCUAAGGUUAAGGGAGAAAGGUGACUAAACGUGUAUUUGAACUAGCUUCCUGUCUUAGGCCUGAACCAAAAAAGAAAAGAAAGCACAAAACCAUUGAUUCACCAGAUGAGAAAACUAACUUUAUGAGGUCAGGAACAAGAGAAGAACCUGGCCAGGUGCGAGAUUACCUUUUUGUCCGUGGCAAUAUGCGUCUAGUAACAUGUGAAGGGAGAAAGGAAGGAGAGAGAGAGAAAGAGGAACCUGCUAUCUUAAAAGUAAAUUAGAGCUAAAUAGAACAGAAAUAUUACAAAUCUGAAAUAUCAUAAUAGCUAGGAAAAGAUUAGGUUUGAAAAUAACAAAUUGAUUUCAUAGAGAAAAGAAUUGGCAAAGAGUCGUUUAUUGGCAGGCCAGUUGACAACUAUUAGGUGUCCUAAGUAGCAGAGCCAACUGGCAUUAUACCUCCUUAGACAAAUGUGUAAUUUUAUAAGCUGUCAUCCUGAUUUGAAACUUUGUGAAUAUGGCAUAUUAAAUAGAAGUUUGCGUCUUUGUUUUAAAAACUCAAUCAAAUGUAGACAUUUCUAUAAAACAUAUGUCCAACUAGAUCAUUAUGUAGUAUUCAAGAAGGCAUAUAUUAUGAUUUUUGUUUGAAUUUUUCACAAGAAGUCUUUAGAAUAUGAUAUAUUAUCAAAACAACAAUCUAAGAAACAUUUGGAGAACAAAAGUACUAAGGGCAUAUUAUAUGUAAUUACAAUAAAUUUAAAAUUUUGAUCUUAAUAAUAUCUCAAUAAUAUCCUCAUAUUAUUGGAUUUUUCCCUCCCUUGAUCAUUUCUCAAAAUUGUUCCUCAAGAUACCUUCUUCUACAGGUUUUACAAAACAAUAUUAAACAUAGCAAUCUAAUAUCCAGCUAUUAAUGCUACUUCAGAAGUUUAAUAUUGCUUUUAAUUUGGGCCUUUAAAAAUAUAUAAUUGCAACAUUACAGUCAAUGUUCAGUGAUUUUUUUUUUUAAAGACAGUGGUUCAGGCAUGCUAAACGUUUGCUAGAAAAUGAAAUUGACCUAGUCAUUUUAAAUAAGAGAAUCUUCUCCUGCAACUUUUAAAAUAUCCCAAUAGCCCCAGAAAUUAGCACUUACUCUGGGUUUGGAACUAUGGUUCAAGUCUAAGACAACCAAUAUGUUCAAGUUUUGCGGAGAAGGAAGACGUGGCAUUGAGCCUAAUGCAACUGUAGGUCAUUUCUCCCGCUUGUUAUUGCAUCUUUGUUCAUUUCUCUCGUGGCACUGCAUUAGGCUGUCUAAAGCAAUCACCAAAAAAACACAGGUGAACUACAUCUCACAAGAGUUACUACGAGAAAACGUUCAUCUAAUGUUCAACAAUGAAUUUUAAGGAUUUAAAUCCUGUCUUAAUGAUGACACUAGGGCUAAAAUUCAUGGCUGGCUUCAUAAAGCACAUCUCACUUUAUUUCUGAAUUUUUCAUGCCCCUUCUCAUUUCUUACAAGAACAUCCGAAAAAAAAAGAACAUCCAGAUAAGUUAGAAUAGUGCCAACUUGUUUGAUCUGUUAACUGAAUUUCUUGUUAAUAUUUCAAGUAUGGGAUAUAAGGGCUUUCUGUGUGUCCUGACUCACAGGAAAACUGAAAACUGCCAAGGAAAGGAACAUCGUUAUACUUGAGAUAGAUUGACUACAUUAGGAAAAAUGAUUUCUGGAAAUUUGCUAUGAAUGAUUUUUAUGUUUUUACCUUCUUUAAUAUAGGAAUCAGAUCCACAUGCCAUUUAAAACAAAUUUAUUUUUAUUAUCUUCUUUACAAAUCAUAAUUUUACCUAAAAUUACGGGAUACGCGUGUGAAGCACACAUGUAUACUAUAGAAAUUCAACUACUGAAUUUUUCCUGUUUCCUUUCUAAAAGACUGAACUGAUGGUGGACUUAAAGAAGUCAGCUACCAUGAAAAUAAGGCUAUUAGAACCGAUUGCAUACAGUAGAGGUGGUUUGUGCAUUCUCCAUAACAAUGUUUUCUUUCACAAUAGGACCACAGACAAAUAUUUAUGUAAAUAGAUAUUUUUGUGUGAUAUUUUGUGGUACAUAUAACUUUUUUUAGUGUUUCACAGCAUUAUUAUUUCAUUUAAUUUGUAUGGAAUAAAGUUUUUAGGUCCAAGUAGACUUGAAUUAAUGUCCUGAUUGUCAGUAUUAUUGAAAAUUCUGUCAACUGUACUGUUCUUCAUCUGUCCCAUAGUUUAGAACAUGACCUGGCUAUCUGGCAUUGUUGCAAGUGCCUUAAAUUCAUGGCAUCCUAUUAAAAAAACAAAUUCGGUGUUAUGCUGCAUGACAAAGACAAACACACCUCAAAAUGUUGUCCUUUCUUAGCUUGCUGCGUUUUACAGUUCUUUCUGCUGACAAUUUAUAAGCCUUUAUUAUAUAAUAUUGAUGAAUUACAGAGAUGAUGAAGUUGCUCUCUUAUUUCUGUUCACUGUACCAGAGCUGUGUAUCUGUUAAUGAGACACAGCGUCAUUUCUGUGAAAUGUAUAAAUGUAUGUGCAGGUCAAAUUAAUAUAUGACAUACUACCAGUCUGUAUACAGGUAUUCCUGUUUUGCUAAGUUGUGCAGAUUCAGUUUUUUAAAAAAAAAUCAGUGCAGUCAAAUUAUGAAAUCUCCUUUUUUAGACUCUGUGAAAAACCAUCUAACUCAAAAGAAAAAUUGGAAAAUGACUGCUAACCAAGCCUCAUCAUGAAACCAAUGAUAAACAAAUGCACCACUCAACAGAACAGGAUGCUUCCUCUGAGUUCUUGUAUAUGCAGAUCACUUAUAAGGCAAGUUUUCAACAGACCUGGAAAGCCGAACUUUGAAAGUGUGUUGUUAGCCCUCCUCUUUAUCUGCCCUUGCAUCAACAGACAGAGCUCUGGGGCGUGACAGUGACUCAGAGGUUUGGACUUCCAAGUAAAGGGACGUUUCUUGAAGCAUCAUCUGUCAACUUUAUUUCAAUGUAUGAUGUUUUUACAACUGGUCAGUUCUUUUGUAUUCCUACAGCUAUGGUAUGAUUGUCCUCUUACAAUUUGUUCUACAUGAAGGAGUCCUUUGUUAGUCAGAAUGCAACAACUGUCAUCUGGUGGUCACUGACCACUUGCACUCUUUUGAUGUAGAUUAAAAACUUUUUCAUAAACGUAACCUGCUUUGAUUUGCUCUGUAUUUUUCCUGCAGCUGUAAUUGCCGAGUGCCUGUUGUAUACUUUAUAGAGUUGAAAUAAAAAAAUAAUUACUUUUGAA